AUACCAGUAGUUUGCAUGACGCGGUUUCGCGUUUUGCAAGCGAUUUGCAGCGCAUCAGUGAAACAGUUCAAGGAAGAGAAGUACAGCUCAUGAAAGAUGAUAUAAUUAAAAGGCCUACAGGUAGCCAUUAUAUUAAAGCGGUUUCUUCACGAACAAAUGGUACUACUGUGCGGCCUACUGCUACCGCAAGAUCCUUAGUGAAGCGUACAAGUAGUGUUCCACAUCCGGCGAUGGAUGCCAGUUUCAAACGCCGUAUCAUCAACACGACGCCCAGUGGUAUUACUGUAUCAAGCAGUACGCGUUAUACUAAUGUCACUCAUGUACAAUCACUGAACAUCAAUUCGUCUGCUAUGUCACGAAUAAAAAGUGGACCACUGAGUGUAGUACCGUCAGCUCUUACGACAGUUACCGUUCAGUCUAGUAUACCUUCAGUUGUGCUACCUCCGGAGCCCAAGAUGCAUAACAAUGGACUUAAGAGUUUUGAUGGCGGUACUUUCAACAUCUGA